AUGGGAAAGACCACGCAGCGUGCCUCGAAGAAGGAGGAGUCCAAGAAGCCCCGCAACUUCGUGCCGAAGUGGGAGUACUGGGGCAAGGCGAAGCUGGCGUCCUAUUGCAGCGAGGAUGGCGUCCCUUUCCACGUCGGGCCGGAGCAGGAUGAGAAGAAGUUCUUGCAAUUGGAGAGCAUCCGCGCAUCCCGGGAUGCGGGGAAUGAGGAGCUGUUCCGGCGCCCGGGCAUGGGCCUGACGCCGGAUGCCUCCAGUGUGGACGCCGGCUUCAAGCUCCUGGCACGGCACUUUGCCGGCGACUGGCCCGACGACGUGAAAGCGCGCCUCAGCAAGACCGGCCUGGUACAGCUCAAAAACUUUCUUGCGAGCUCGCAGGGUUCCGAGGUGGCGAAGGCAAUUUCGGUCCUCAACGUGGGCAAGUCCAAGCAACCCGACGAGAGCGACGUCAAGAAGGCCGUCAAAACUUUCGUAACCUUCGCGACCGGUGGGACCGAGGAUCUCGCGAAGCACUUGGGUCGCUUGGCGUCCAGCUCGGCCGUCCUGUACCUGUGCUCCAUGACCUUGCUGAAAGACCUGGCACUCUUCGACGAUCUACCCAGCUGGGCCAAAAGCAUCGAAGGCAAGCAGAGCAAAGCGGUUCAAGCGUGGGCGAAGCGACCUGGAGAUAAAGACAAACUUCAUGCUGCUCUGGUCCAGGAGCUCAUGGCGAAGAUCCGCAACAACCACAAGGAGAGUGGCAAAACGCUGAGCCUCUGA